CGCCGAUCAAUACGGCAGCUGGGCUGAACACCGCUACACUGGAAAUGGAAAAUGAUAAACUGUUUUAUGAAGAAAGGAUAUCAAAGAAGAAUGUCAUUCAAAUCUCUUUUACAGGUGGGUUGCAGAAUAUGGAAUUUCGGGGUGGUAAGCGUCUUAGUGUUGACGGUAUGCAACAUCUUACUGAUGCUGAAGCUUCUCCACAUCGAGAGAUCGGAAGGCGGCCAAGCGGGGCCUAGGCCUGUACCUCCCCUCCCUCCAGUCAUCAUGGACCCAUUCUUCCCUCACAACAACACUCCUGUCUUUGACAUGAACAUCCACCUCGGCCAUUGGGACAACCGCAGAAUUUUAAAAAUGAUCGAUCACGCCAUUGUCGGCACCUUGUUCGAUGAGCUUUCAAAACGUUAUUCUGUUUGCCUUGCCACUCAAAGCUCUUUGGAGAAGCUACACUCGCUAGUCCAAGUAGCAAACCAUUGGAGAGGUCCAAUAUCUGCGGCUCUGUUUGCAGCAGGCGAUGAAGAAUUUGGUCUUCUUCAAGGUUAUGUUGAUUACCUGCGCCAUUGCUACCCCGCAGUCCGUGACAGGGUUAGCUUCCAUUUGGCAUUCCCUUGGGACAGACUUCCUUCGAAGAAUCAACCGAUAAAAAGAGACGGUAACCUCGACUGCCAUCAUCCAGAAGGGUCUCUUCAUCAACUGCUCAAGCAUCGUUCCUCGGAAUUACUUAGAUGGCGUCAAAAGAAUCCAUAUCCUCAAAAUCAUCUGAGAAAUUUGGCAAGGAAAAAUUGUCAAACCUCUCGGGUAUUCCUGACUGAUGUAGAUAUUAUACCCAGUUUGGGAAUGGCAGACGGCCUAGAAGUUUUUAUCAAGUCAGACAGCUGCACGUCCCUAUGCGCAUAUGUGAUACCAACUUACGAAGUUGAUGAGAGGCAGGAUUCCGCUCCAGCUCACAAAGCCAGGUCAACUCAGCAGCGGCUGCAAAUGAACCUUCCGGAGUUCAUCUCUGCCUCGGAUCGGCCCUCAGGAAGCAGUGAACUCAACCCUCUAGAUUAUCGGCUUUGGUCCGAACUGGACAGAAUGGCAUGCUACAGAGCACACCCUAAUUUAGAAAUCCUCAAACAAUAUCUGGUCCGAGCAGUUGAGCGUUUUUUUCAAGAAGUGCUGCGUGCUGCUAUUGAUGACUGGCAACGCAGAUUAAAUGCCUUUGUCAAGUGGGAACAAGAGCAGUCCAGAAAUCAAGUCCAUAUAAGUCAUGGAGUAACCAACUUCGAAUUUUUAUACGAACCUUUUUACAUUGCUCACGAUAACGUGCCACCUCAUGACGAAAGGUUCAUUGGAUAUGGAUUUACACGUAAUACUCAAGUGAGUUGA